AUCCUAGCCCUCAGUCCCCUUGCAGCUGUCACAAGAACCAGUAGUCCUAACUGUUCCACUCCAGUGCCACCAUGAGCCAAUCUUACUCUUCCAGCCAGAGGGCAUCCUCUUACAGAAGAACCUUUGGAGGGGGCGCCGCUGCUUCCCCACAGUUCUCCAGGGCCUCGUACUCCAGCCGUGGGGCCGGCAGUGCCACUUCUGCAUCCAGAGUCUACCAGGUGUCCAAGAGCUUAGCCUCCCCCAGCUUCUCCAGCUACAGGGCCAGUCGGGUGGCCCCCCUCCGAGCCUAUGGUGGUGAGACCCUGGACUUCAGCCUGGCUGAUGCGAUGAACCAAGAGUUCCUCCAAACACGGACCAAUGAGAAGGCUGAGCUUCAGCACCUGAAUGAUCGCUUCGUGAACUACAUUGAGAAGGUUCGCUUCUUGGAGCAGCAGAACCAGACCCUGGUGGUGGAGAUCGAGCGACUGAAGGGCCGGGAGCCGACGCGUGUGGCUGAGAUCUACGAGGAGGAGAUGAGGGAGCUCCGCAGGCAGGUUGACAUCCUCACCAACCAGAGGGGACGCGUUGAGGUCGAGAGGGACAACCUGGCUGAUGACCUGCAAAAGAUCAAGCAGAGACUUCAGGAAGAGAUUCAACAAAAGGAAGAUGCUGAGAACAACUUGGCAGCCUUCAGAGCAGAUGUGGAUGCCGCCACCCUGGCCCGGAUUGAUCUGGAGAGGCGCAUCGAGUCCCUGCACGAGGAGAUUGCCUUCCUCAGGAAAAUCCAUGAGGAGGAAAUCCUUGAGCUGCAGGCUCAGCUUCAGGAGACCCAUGUUCAAGUGGAGAUGGACAUGUCCAAGCCUGACCUGGCUGCUGCCCUGAAGGACAUCCGUAGUCAAUAUGAGAACAUCGCCGCCAAGAACAUCCAGGAGGCAGAGGAGUGGUACAAGUCUAAGGUUACAGACCUCACCCAAGCUGCUUCCAAGAAUAAUGAUGCCCUGCGCCAGACCAAGCAGGAGGUGAUGGAGUACCGCCACCAGAUCCAGUCCUACACCUGCGAGAUCGACUCGCUCAAGGGAACGAAUGAUUCCCUGAUGCGCCAGAUGAGGGAGAUGGAGGAGCGCUUCGCGGGGGAGGCGUCAGGUUACCAGGACAACAUCAGCCGGCUGGAGGCGGAGAUUGCCAACAUGAAGGAUGAGAUGGCACGCCACCUGCGUGAGUACCAGGACCUGCUCAAUGUCAAGAUGGCUCUGGAUGUGGAGAUCGCCACCUACAGGAAGUUGCUGGAAGGAGAGGAGAACAGGGUUAGUCUUCCUGUACAAUCAUUCUCUUCAUUGAGUUUUAGAGAGACCAGCCCCGGACAGCACCAGCGCAAGUCUGAGGUUCACUCCAAGAAGUCAGUCGUCAUCAAAACCAUUGAGACCCGUGAUGGGGAGGGUUACGAUUCCUACAAGUAGGGCUCUGGGGCGGUUAGACAGUGUCGUCAGCGAGUCUACACAGCAGCAGCAUGACUCAAUCUAAGCACAGAAGAAGCGGAUGGACAGACAAACACACAUACACUACAGCUACAAGCAUGGACGCUUUACACACGAACAGUACACACACACACACACACAUACACACACAAAUGCACGUCAAUCAAGUGCCUUUAACUCUGAAGCAGCAUGGAGGAGUAUGUCUCGAAAAGGAAAGAGAAUGUGAAGGGAAUUCUGUAUUUUUGUAGUUACUGUAGUAUCGAUAAGCAAUAAACUUCAGUUUGCGCUAAAUUGUAAUAAGAUGAAUUUCUUGAAAUGUUAAAUUCUAUCUGUUUAUCCAGCAAUUGUUUAAUAGUCAGAACAAAUGCCUAUGAAACAUAUCCCUGCUGAGUAAAUAAUUAUUUAACAGUAUUGUACCCAUCACUGCCAGGGGCCAGUCUCUGUAAGGGAUAGCUAACCCUAUCAACAGUAUUGCCAUUGCAGUACUGUACCCCAUCAUUGCCAGGGGUCAGUCUCUGUAAGGGAUAGCUAACCCCAUUAACAGUAUUGCCAUUGAAGUAAAGCAUUUCUAUAUUUGUUACACAAAAAUGUCAAUAACAUGCAUCCGCGGCACGGCUGUAGAUUCAAAAUAUGAGCUAUCAGUAUGACGAAAAUUUUAUGAUUGUGACGUAUAUCGAAAGUAGGUACAGACUAGCCUAGUAUAUAGCAUAAAAAUGAGCACUUUAAUGAAAAUUGGAUAAGUGAUGUCAAAGGAAAACCAGAUGUGUGUAUCAUGGUAAAUGAUAUUAAAAUGACUGAUUUACAGAA